CACUGUACUAGAUUGCACAAAAGAGUGUGACAGAAGAGCAUUUGCUUUUGUGAUUCAGACACAGACAGACUUAAAACCAAACCUAAAGCUACUUCAGUUUCAUCAUUCAACUCAACUAAUCUUUCACUGUACUUUCCUUUUUUUCUUUCUAGGGUUUCAGUUUGCUCAGCUCCUCUUCACUCUCUUUUUCAACUUGCAUUGUGUUAAAAAUCAAUAACAUAUCAUUAUAUGUGUAUAUGAUUCAUGGGUUUGUGUUAGAAUUGAGAUUGAGAUCUGCUAGCUCGAGCAAUUGCUGUUUGAAGAAAAUACAAGUUGAAUGCUGAAUGAGACACAAGAUUGAGGAACCCUUUCGAGAGAAUGUCACUGAAACCUCAAGUUUUGCCAUAUUUUCAAUCGAUCAAAUCUCUGCCUGUUGAAUUUAAGUUAGUGGAUUCACCUGGAGCUUAUUCUUUGGGGGAGAUUGAAGGUGCAAAUACUAGCAGAACAGAAAUGAUCCCUGACCAUGUUCUUGAGAAUGGUGAGUUAGCUGGCAGUGAGAUUGGUGAGAAGAUUGCCAGGAAUGAUGAUGAAUCACCUUAUAGUAGUGUGGACAUGACACUUGUAGAAGAAGAGGCUUUUGCUAGUGAUGGAACUUCAAAUUCUGCAGCAGCUCCUUUACGUUCAUUGAUACCAUUCCGUAAUGAAUCAAAAUGGAAUGACACUACCUAUUAUGUCGCAAAGAAGAAGCUUCAGGCAUGGUUUCAACUUCCCAAUGAGAAGUGGGAACUGGCAACGAUCCUCUCAACAUCAGGGAGGGAAUCAGUCAUAUCACUGUCAGGUGAAAAAGUCUUAAAGGUGAAUUCUGAUAGUCUGACUCCUGCAAAUCCUGAUAUCCUUGAUGGCGUAGAUGAUCUAUUGCAACUAAGUUAUUUGAAUGAACCAGCUGUAUUAUAUAAUCUUCAAUAUCGAUAUGGUCGAGAUAUGAUUUAUACGAAAGCAGGUCCAGUGCUGGUUGCCAUUAAUCCCUUUAAGAAGGUCCCUUUGUAUGGAAGUGAUUACAUUGAAGCAUACAGGUCUAAAUCCAAUGAUAGCCCACAUGUCUAUGCCAUAACAGAUACUGCUAUACGUGAAAUGAUAAGAGAUGAAGUCAAUCAAUCUAUUGUUAUAAGUGGUGAAAGCGGAGCAGGAAAAACUGAAACAGCAAAGAUAGCAAUGCAAUAUUUAGCUGCACUUGGAGGUGGUAGUGGAAUAGAAUAUGAGAUAUUGAAAACUAAUCCUAUUUUGGAGUCCUUUGGUAACGCGAAGACAUUAAGGAAUGAUAAUUCAAGUCGUUUUGGAAAACUAAUUGAAAUUCACUUCAGUGGAACCGGAAAAAUAUCGGGUGCCAAGAUUCAGACCUUUUUACUUGAGAAGUCGAGGGUGGUUCAAUGCACGGAGGGAGAAAGGUCAUAUCACUCAUUUUAUCAGCUCUGUGCCGGGGCCCCACCUGCUCUUAGAGAAAAGUUGAAUCUCAAGAGUGCAUACGAAUAUAAAUAUCUGAGCCAAAGCAACUGCUAUUCGAUCUCUGGGGUGGACGAUGCUGAAGAAUUUCGUACUGUAGUGGAAGCUCUUGAUGUUGUUCAUGUCAGCAAGGAGGACCAAGAGAGAGUCUUUGCGAUGCUUGCUGCGGUGCUGUGGCUAGGGAAUGUGUCCUUUACUCCCAUUGAUAAUGAAAACCAUGUUGAACCUGUAGCUGAUGAAGGUCUAGUGAAUGUUGCUAAACUGAUGGAGUGUGAUAUUGCGGACCUCAAGCUAGCUUUAUCGACUCGACAUAUGAAAGUACGAAAUGAUAAUAUUGUUCAGAAGUUAACUCUUUCUCAGGCCAUUGAUACAAGAGAUGCACUGGCAAAAUCGAUGUAUUCUUGUUUGUUUGAUUGGCUAGUAGAACAAAUAAACAAGUCACUCGCAGUAGGCAAGCAACGGACUGGAAGAUCUAUUAGCAUUCUUGAUAUCUAUGGCUUUGAAUCUUUUGAGAAAAAUAGUUUUGAACAGUUCUGCAUUAAUUAUGCUAAUGAGAGACUGCAGCAACACUUCAACCGUCAUUUAUUUAAGUUAGAGCAGGAGGAGUAUAUCCAAGACGGUAUCGACUGGGCCAAAGUGGAUUUUGAAGACAACCAAGAUUGUCUCAAUCUUUUCGAGAAGAAACCACUGGGGUUAUUAUCUCUAUUAGAUGAGGAGUCCACAUUUCCGAAUGGUACAGAUUUGUCAUUUGCCAAUAAGCUUAAGCAGCACCUGAAUCCUAAUUCUUGUUUUAAGGGAGAACGAGAAAAUGCUUUUACUGUCGGCCACUAUGCAGGCGAAGUCAUGUACGAUACAACAGGGUUCCUAGAGAAGAAUAGAGAUCUACUGCACUUGGACUCAAUCCAACUUCUGUCCUCUUGUGCAUGCCAUCUACCUAAGUCAUUUGCUUCCAAUUUGUGCACUCAAUCUGAGAAACCUGUAGUUGGUGCAUUGCAUAAAUCAGGUGGAGCAGAUUUUCAAAAGCUGAGUGUUGUAUCAAAAUUUAAGGGCCAACUGUUUCAACUAAUGCAACGUUUGGAGAAUACAACACCACAUUUUAUACGUUGUAUUAAGCCCAACAACUUUCAGUCUCCUGGAUUAUAUGAGCAGGGACUUGUAUUGCAACAAUUAAGAUGUUGUGGAGUCCUAGAAGUUGUUCGGAUAUCGAGAUCUGGAUUUCCUACUAGAAUUACUCAUCAGAAAUUUGCUCGAAGAUAUGGUUUCCUCCUACUAGACAGCAUGGCAUCACAAGAUCCACUUGGUGUUUCAGUUUCUAUUCUCCAUCAAUUUAGUAUUCCGCCUGAAAUGUACCAAGUUGGCUAUACAAAAUUGUUUUUCAGAACUGGACAGAUUGGGGUGCUUGAGGACACAAGAAAUCGUACUCUCCGUGGUAUUUUACAUGUUCAAAGCUGGUUUAAAGGUUAUCAAGCUCGUCGUGAAUUUAGGGAGAUGAGGAGAGUAGUAACCAAUCUGCAGUCAUUUGUUAUGGGUGAGAGAACAAGAAAGAACUUUUCUAGCUUAUUAAGACAACAUCGAGCAGCGGUGAUUAUUCAAAAGCAGUUCAAAGGCAGGACUGGCAAAAAAUACUAUAAAGACAUCUAUGAUGCAUCCAUUUUGUUACAAUCAGGAAUUCGUGGCUGGUUGGUCAGAAGAUGCUCAGGGAACAUAGGAUUGCUACAAUUUGAUGCUAAAAAGAGCCAUGAGCCAGAGGAGGUGCUGGUAAAGUCUUCAUUCCUUGCAGAGCUACAACGGCGUGUACUUAAAGCCGAGUCUGCUUUAAGAGUGAAGGAUGAAGAAAAUGACAUUCUCCACCAACGCUUGCAACAAUAUGAGAACCGUUGGUCUGAAUAUGAAGGAAAAAUGAAGUCAAUGGAAGAAGUUUGGCAGAAACAAAUGAGAUCAUUACAGUCUAGUCUUUCCAUUGCAAAGAAGAGUCUGGCCCUUGAUGAGUCGGCGAGAAAUUCGGAUGCAUCGGUCAAUGAUGACAGAGACUCCAGCUGGGAUACAGGCAGUAAUUUCAGGAGUCGCGAUAGCAAUGGAGUGAGGUCUAUGAAUACCGGUCUUAGUGUAAUAAGUAAAUUGGCCGAGGAGUUUGAUCAGAGGUGCCAGGUUUUCGGUGAUGAUGCAAAAUUUUUAGUCGAGGUGAAAUCAGGUCAGGUGGAUGCAACUCUGGAUCCUGAUCGAGAACUCAGAAGAUUGAAACAAAUUUUUGAAGGUUGGAAAAAGGACUACGGGGAAAGAUUGCGAGAAACAAAACUAAUUUUAAACAAGCUAGGAAACGACGAAGGAUCAGGUGACAAGAUGAAGAAGAAAUGGUGGGGAAGACUGAACAGCUCAAAGAUCAACUAAGUUACAAUUCUGAGUUUUGUCAGUGCCAACGCUUAGAUGCUCGUAAUUUCGCAAGACUCUUGCGAACAAGCAACCGGAAUGUAGCAUCUAGAUUGCAUGUCUUCACAAAUCUGUUGUCAAAUUGGACGAUUUCAAGGCAGUGUGUAUCAACACAUAGUUGAACUGAAACGCAUAUAUAUAUAUGUAUGAAUAAUGGCAAAAAGAUGUUUAUUAUCAUCACUACCUCUGUUUUCUGGUAGUAGUAUAUUGUUUA